UAUUUGUAGACAGUUGUUGGGAUGGAUUGUUGCGUUUGCGCCCAGCCCAUCGAGGGGCGAGGGCUGAACAAGUUUCUGAGUGCAGUGCUCAAGUGCGGUGUGAAUGUGAAAGAUUUCCUGGUGAAGAUGGAGUCUCUUCGUCCGGAUGUCGGCACUGACGCGUUUGAAGUAUGUGUGGAUUGCUAUGGAUUCGUCGUCGCGUGUGACGAGUUUCUUUCCGUGUUCUGGUCGAAAAUUCGGGACCUGAGGAACCGGCGACCCGGUUUCUUCGUCGACCAAGAUGCGGAAGGACAUGAGAUGCUGGACAUUCCGAAGCCCGUGGAAGAUCCGGACGAGUCAGUGCACCAAACUCGGAGUAUGACGCGGAGGAAACGAAAUUCUGCUGAGACCAAUGACCAAGCUGAACAGCAAGUCAAUGUUAAUGCCAUUUACAAGAAAUAUAAACUCGCCAAAACCGCAAUCGUGAUUCGUCCGUUGACAGAUAAGGAAGACCACGGGCCUGCAAACUUGGUUGUGUCGGUUCAUCGCUCCGUUGCGGUCGCAGUACGAGCUGCACAUGUGCAUGGUGCAUCCGGAAGCGAAGCCGUUUUACUGCGACGUUUGCGGAAGAAC